AUGAUUGAAAACUUUAUGUUGACCAAAGAUGAGAUCAUUCAUAUACUUGUUGGUCAAAGAGGGGAAAAAGCGUAUUAUAACAUAAAAACCGGCUCAGGCGGAGGAGGUACAUUUGUAAUUAGAGACGACAACAAGCCUUUGAUCAUAGCCGGAGGUGGAGGAGGAGUUGCUAAAAUGACAGAACAACAUUCAGGAUGUGAUGCGUCCAUAAACACAACAGGAAAUGCAGGGUAUAACUCGCCAUUCCUGUCAGGAGGAAGUAACGGAAAUGGAGGACAAACUGAUAAACCGCACUCUGGUAGGUGAAGAAUUUCCUAUCUAUAACUGCUGAAUUUUUUUCUACAUCUAUCAGUAUUUCGAACAAAGAGGUGAUACUGGUCGCUCAAAUUUGGAUUUUUCUCAGAAUUACUAAAAGCCAUGAUCUUUUCAGUAGCUAAUGUCAACUGUAAAUCUCUUGAUUGUAGGCGGUGGCGGCGGCGGCUUUUACAGUAAUGGAGAAGAUUCAGAGUUUUCCGAGGGAGGGGGCAAGGGAGGUAAAGGAUUUCUUGCCGGGGGAGAGGGGGGAACAAAUCAGGGUGGUUUCGGAGGUGGGGGUGGUUCUCGUUUUAUUGGUGAGAUACCUGGAGGCGGUGGAAGGUACUCCGGGGGAAGUGGAGGUGCGAAUAAAGAUAUUUCCUGUGGGGGAGGGGGAGGUUCUUUCAACAACGGAACAAAUCAGCAAAAUGAAUGUUGUUAUAAUACUGCUGGACAUGGUAAAGUGAUCAUAACAUUUCUUCAUUGA